GGCCCACCAAAGUUGAACUAACACCACAUUUUACUCAGUCCAAGCCCUGACAACAAAGUUUUCUAUCAACCUAUGGCUGCGACGGUUGACUCCAUGCAAUGUUUUCCUGGUUUAUGCGGGGUGCUUUCAGGGUCUGCUACUGGCCUCGAGAUAGAUGAAAUUGAAGAGGAUGUUGCAGCGGAACAAGAAACUAUAAUUGAGCCCGGCGCUGGUCUGAAAACGGCGAAUACUGGGUCAAUUGAUACUCCUGAUUUUGUUAAAUUGCAGAUGACGCUCAUGGAGGCUUCCAAGGGUGUCACAGAUGGCACGGAUGCUGAAUACAAAAGGUUAAUGAAUUCAUGUGUCUCAUUUGCUAUCAGGAUCCGCCUUCUGGGGCCGGAUGAGGAAUUCUUCAGCAAGAGACCACGGGCUGAUGCUCCUUUGGUAAUUGUAGCCUGGAUUAUGAACGCCUGCAACUCCAUUAAUCUUGACGGCACCACAAAGCUGUGUUCCCAGGAACGGGGGACAUAUGGACAUGCUCAGAAAAUGCGAGCCUCAAUGACCUAUGGCUUUGGUAAGCUGAAGGGUCUCGGAAACAUGCCAUGGCAUGAAUCCGAUGUUGGUGCCACCAUGGUUGGCAACCCCUCAAUCUCGGUUGAAGUUUCAUCUUUCAUGUGUUCGCUGCGGAGACGCAAGGUUCAAGCUGGUGAAGUUGCAAACAGUGCUCGUGCUAUAACAUCGGAGAUAUUACUCAAAUUGUACCACCACAACCGCCUUCCUGAGAACUGGACUGUCCAGCCAUAUCAACCUGGCGAGCGAAAACCUGCAGGAGGCUCUCUGGCAUUCUUAUGUAUGUUGCGGUUUGAUGAGGUCCUCAAGAUACAGGUUCAUGAUCUUCGUGUGGCAAACAAUCAGGUUGUGUUGUACCUCCCCUUUCGCAAGACCCACCAAAAUGGAGGUCUGUGUUCAAUCUGUAUUUAAAUUGCGAGCUGUGAUUGAGAUAUAUGAUUUUAGAUAUUAAACCCUUUUAUCUCU